AUCUACAGGGCAUUGCAUGAGAAAGAAGAACACCGCUUCUCCCGCGCCAAGUUCUUCGUAAUCGCAUUGAUCUGCAGCUUUACUUGGUAUGCAAUCCCUGGUUACUUCUUCCCUACCCUGACUAGUAUCUCUUGGGUCUGCUGGGCGUUCUCCCGGUCUGUCACUGCUCAGCAACUCGGUUCGGGCAUGAGGGGCCUUGGCCUUGCGGCCGUUACACUUGACUGGUCUGCCGUCUCCUCUUUUCUUUUCAGUCCCCUUGUCUGCCCUUUCUUCGCCAUUGCGAAUGUCUUUGUGGGAUAUUUUUUUGUUGUCUACGUAACCAUGCCAAUCGCUUACUGGGGGCUGAACCUUUACAAUGCCAAGACCUUUCCGAUAUUUUCUUCUCAUCUCUUCACAAGAGAGGGGCAGCCCUACAACAUUACUGCCAUUGUGAAUGAUAAGUUUGAGAUUGACAUGAAUGCUUAUCAGGAGCAGGGAAGGAUUAACUUGAGUAUGUUUUUUGCAUUGACCUAUGGCUUUGGCUUUGCAACUAUUGCUGCUACGCUUACGCAUGUGGGCUUUUUCUAUGGAAGGGAGAUAUAUGAUCGUUACCGUGCAUCAUAUAAAGAAAAGGAGGACAUACAUACAAGGCUAAUGAAGAAGUAUGAGGACAUACCGGAAUGGUGGUUUCACUUGUUACUGGUAUUGACUGUUGCAAUUUCUGUGUUCCUAUGCACAUUCUUAAAGGACCAAGUUCAACUUCCAUGGUGGGGGCUCUUUUUUGCAUGUGCCAUGGCCUUCUUGUUUACUCUACCCAUCAGCAUCAUUACCGCAACUACAAACCAGACUCCGGGGCUGAACAUCAUCACAGAAUAUGUAAUGGGACUCAUCCUACCUGGGAAGCCAAUUGCAAACGUCUGCUUCAAAGUUUAUGGAUACAUGAGCAUGUCCCAAGCAGUCGCUUUCCUCUCAGAUUUCAAGCUCGGUCAUUACAUGAAAAUCCCUCCAAAAUCCAUGUUCCUUGUUCAGUUUAUUGGAACUAUUGUUGCUGGAACAAUCAACCUCGGCAUCGCAUGGUGGCUUCUGGGUUCAAUCAAGAAUAUAUGCCACGACGAGCUCCUGCCGCCAAACAGCCCCUGGACUUGCCCAGGCGACCGCGUGUUCUUCGACGCGUCGGUGAUUUGGGGCUUGGUAGGCCCGAGGAGAAUCUUUGGCUCACUCGGCAACUACGGCGCUUUGAAUUGGUGCUUUCUGAUUGGCGCCGUCGGUCCAAUCAUAGUCUGGCUCUUCCACAGAGCAUACCCUAAUCAAUCAUGGAUCCCACUCAUAAACCUUCCAGUUCUUCUCGGAGCUACAGCCAACAUGCCUCCAGCCACUCCACUAAACUAUAACUCCUGGGUCAUUGUUGGAACAAUCUUCAACUUCUUUGUGUUCAGGUACAGAAAGAAAUGGUGGGUGAGAUACAAUUAUAUCCUGUCUGCAGCACUGGAUGCAGGAGUUGCGUUCAUGGGAGUUCUGCUUUACUUCAGCCUGAGCAUGGAGAACUACAGCUUGGACUGGUGGGGAACUAGGGGAGAGCACUGUGAUUUCGCAACUUGUCCGACGGCGAAAGGAGUGGUCGUCGAUGGUUGCCCGACAUAUUAAACACUAGUAUGUUUCAAAUGCUUUCUCCUUCUUUAAAAAAUGCCACUCAUGCCAAAUUUUUUGAUUCAACAAUCAUAAUUUUUUGGCUGAGAAGCAUUUCUGUGUCCUGUAUAAAAAGACUUUUAGUUUUAUGUCCUUGUUAGAGUAUUCUUGCCAGGUUCCUCUUCUAUAGCUUAAUAAAGAGGAACUGCAUAAUUGAAUUUGGCAUACUUAAAGUGUUCAAAAGAAUGAUAGAUGCUGAUUUGCUUUGCAGUUCAGAUACAUAAGCAUUCUAUGGUGCGUUAAAGAUGAAUGGAAUGGAAUGUAAUAAUCUCAUUUAUUU